AUGAGGGCCGUCCCCACCUGGGUGGAUAAAGUCCAUGACAGGGACAAGGUGGAGCAAUGUAUCUAUGAUCUGGCAUUCAAACCUGACGGGACACAGCUGAUCGUGGCUGCAGGAAAUAAAGUUCUGGUCUAUGACACAUCAGAUGGAACCUUACUUCAGCCAUUGAAGGGCCAUAAGGAUAUGGUAUAUUGUGUGGCAUAUGCCAAAGAUGGUAAGAGGUUUGCCUCGGGGUCUGCUGAUAAAAGUGUCAUCAUAUGGACCUCCAAACUGGAAGGCAUUUUGAAAUACACACACAAUGAUUCCAUCCAGUGUGUCUCCUACAAUCCUGUUACCCACCAACUGGCCUCCUGCUCCUCUAGUGACUUUGGUCUGUGGUCUCCUGAACAGAAAUCUGUGUCUAAACACAAAGUGAGCAGUAAAAUCACCUGCUGCAGCUGGACAAAUGACGGCCAGUAUCUUGCACUGGGGAUGUUUAAUGGUGUAGUGAGUAUCAGGAACAAGAAUGGAGAGGAGAAGGUGAAGAUUGAACGUCCUGGAGGAGCUCUGUCCCCUGUCUGGUCCAUAUGCUGGAACCCAUCCAAGGAUGAGCACAACGACAUCCUGGCUGUGGCGGACUGGGGCCAGAAGCUUUCUUUUUAUCAGCUCAGCGGAAAACAGGUUGGAAAGGACAGGGCUCUGGGGUUCGAUCCCUGCUGUGUCAGCUACUUUUCCAAAGGAGAAUAUAUCAUUCUGAGCGGAUCUGACAAGCAGGUGUCUCUGUUUACCAAAGACGGGGUACGCCUUGGCACUAUCGGGGAGCAGAAUUCCUGGGUGUGGACCUGCAGAGUCAAACCUGAUUCCAAUUAUGUGGUGAUUGGCUGCCAGGAUGGGACCCUUGCCUUCUAUCAGCUCAUCUUCAGCACAGUGCAUGGUCUGUAUAAGGACCGGUAUGCCUUCAGGGACUGUAUGACUGACGUCAUAGUGCAGCACCUCAUCACCGAGCAGAAAGUGCGAAUUAAGUGCCGGGAGUUGGUAAAGAAGAUUGCAAUCUAUAAGAACAGACUGGCCAUUCAGAUGCCAGAGAAGAUCCUCAUCUAUGAGUUGUAUUCUGAGGAUGCCGCUGACAUGCAUUACCGAGUGAAGGAGAAAAUCAUUAAGAAGUUUGAAUGCAAUCUGCUGGUGGUGUGUUCACAGCAUGUCAUCGUGUGCCAGGAGAAGCGGUUGCAGUGUUUGUCCUUUAAAGGUGUCAAAGAACGAGAAUGGAUGAUGGAGUCUCUUAUCCGCUACAUCAAGGUGAUUGGGGGCUCCUCUGGCAGAGAAGGCCUUUUAGUGGGUCUGAAGAAUGGACAGAUCCUGAAGAUUUUUGUGGACAACCUCUUUGCCAUCACCCUUCUCAAACAGACCACAUCCGUGCGGUGUCUGGACAUGAGCGCUAGUCGCAACAAGCUCGCCGUAGUGGAUGAAAACAACAUGUGUCUCGUGUAUGACAUCACAACAAAAGAUCUCUUGUUCCAGGAGCCCAAUGCCAACAGUGUAGCCUGGAACACGCAGUGUGAGGACAUGGUUUGCUUUUCAGGAGAAGGGUACCUGAAUAUCAAAGCCAGUAACUUCCCCGUUCACCAACAGAAACUGCAGGGCUUUGUUGUAGGCUACAAUGGAUCAAAGAUCUUCUGCCUGCAUGUCUACUCCAUGUCUUCUGUAGAUGUGCCGCAAUCUGCCCCGAUGUAUCAGUACCUGGAGAGGAAGAUGUUCCGAGAAGCCUACCAGAUUGCCUGCCUCGGGGUCACUGACCUGGACUGGAAGGAGCUGGCGAUGGAGGCGUUAGAGGGGCUGGAUUUUGAGACUGCUAAAAAGGCCUUUAUUCGUGUGCGAGACCUUCGCUACCUGGAACUGAUCAACAGCAUUGAGGAACGUAAAAAACGUGGAGAUGCCAAUGAUGACCUGUUCCUGGCGGAUGUCUACGCCUAUCAGGGCAAGUUCCACGAGGCAGCCAAGCUCUACAAGAAGGGUGGGCAAGAGAACCGAGCGCUGGAUAUGUACACAGACUUGCGCAUGUUUGAGUACGCCAAGGAUUUCAUAGCAUCCGGAGACCCAAAAGAAACCAAAAAUCUGAUCACCAAACAGGCGGACUGGGCUCGAAACAUCCGGGAGCCAAAAGCAGCAGCUGAAAUGUACAUUUCGGCCGGAGAGCACAUGAAGGCCAUUGAACUGAGCGGGGACCACGGCUGGGUAGAGAUGCUGAUUGACAUAGCGCGGAAGCUGGACAAGGCCGAGCGGGAACCGCUGUCAAGGUGCGCUUACUAUUUUAAGAAGCUCCAGCACCAUGGCUAUGCGGCUGAGACGUACAUGAAGAUUGGGGAUCUGAAGGCCCUGGUCAUUCUACAUGUGGAGACACAGCACUGGGAUGAGGCCUUCCUCCUGGUAGAGAAAUAUCCAGAAUAUAAGGACGAGGUGUAUGUCCCCUAUGCCCAGUGGCUGGCAGAGAAUGACCGCUUUGAGGAAGCUCAGAAAGCCUUUCACAAAGCCGGUCGCCAGGAUGAGGCCGUCCGAGUGCUGGAGCAGCUUACCCAUAAUGCCGUGGUGGAAAGCAGGUUUAAUGACGCUGCUUAUUAUUACUGGAUGCUGUCCAUGCAGUGUCUGGAAAUUGCACAAGAUAAAGAGGACAAACAGGAAGCCAUGCUACAGAAGUGUCACUAUUUCCAGCAUCUGGCCGAGCUCUAUCAUGCCUACCACUCCGUACAGAGAUAUACAGAUGAACCUUUCAGCUCACACUUGCCGGAAACACUGUUUAACAUCUCGCGAUUCUUGUUGCACAGUCUGACCAAGCAGAGCCCCCUGGGCAUUUCUAAAGUAAACACCCUGUACACACUUGCAAAGCAGAGCAAGGCUCUUGGAGCGUACAAACUUGCUCGGCACGUGUAUGAAAGGCUUCAAGGCCUCCGAAUUCCCAGCAAAUUCCAGGAGUCCAUUGAACUAGGCAUUAUCACCAUCCGGUCCAAGCCGUUCCAUGACAGCGAGGAACUGGUCCCAAUGUGCUACAGAUGUUCCACCAACAACCCUUUCCUCCUCAACAACCUGGGAAACGUCUGCAUCAACUGCCGCCAGGGCUUCGUCUUCUCUGCGUCGUCAUAUGAAGUUCUUCCUCUGGUGGAAUUUUAUCUGGAAGAAGGGAUUUCUGAUGAAGAGGCCAUGUCACUCAUCAAUCUCGAGGCUCCUCGAAGUCACCCCAAUAAAGACAAGUGGCAGGAAAUGUCCUCCGCUGACACACAAACGCUGAGACUAGAUGAUGAUGAUGAGCCCUUCAUGGAUGGCGACCCCUUCACAGCAAAGUUAAGUUUUGAGCAAGGCGGCUCUGAGUUUGUCCCCGUGGUUGUGUCCCGUUCGGUCCUGAGAGCCAUGAGCAGGAGGGACGUCAUGGUGAAGCGUUGGCCGCAUCCUCUGAAGUGGCAGUACUUCCGCUCACUGCUCCCCGAUGUCUCCAUCACCAUGUGCCAGUCCUGUUUCCAGAUGUUUCACACAGAGGACUACGAACUUCUCGUCCUGCAGCACAACUGCUGUCCCUAUUGCCGAAAACCCAUGGAGGACCCCAGCCAGUGA